AUGCGCGCUUGGUCAGUCUUGGGCUUUACUGGCCUCUCGGUGGCCUCGGCGAUCUCGAGCGUUGCUAUCCUCACCACCACGACAUCUGCCACUACCACGACUGCGUCAGCUACCUCUGUGUCAGCUACCUCUGUGUCAGCUACCUCUGUGUCAGCUACCUCUGUGUCGGCUGCUACUACAACCUCUUCCACCUCUACAACCAUUGUCACUGUUGCAACGGAUAACAGUGGUCAAUUCACCGAGAUAGGGGAUGCUAUUACCUACGCUCAGAGCCACGGAAUUCCAACUGUGACUGUGCUCGCAGGUACUUAUACUCAGGCAGUCACCGUGUCUGCAACCCCGACCGUGACUGUUAUUGGUCAAAGUGAUACCGCCGACGACUACACCCAAAACAAGGUCACCAUCACCAACGCAGGCACCGUUCUGACAGUCAACAACAAUGUCCAACAAGUCAGCUUCAAGAAUGUCAACUUCCUCAACACUGCUUCUGGCUCUGGUGUCAUGGUGUUGAAGGGAAAUAAGUACGCCUUCUACGACUGCCAGAUUGUCUCAACUGGAACGCUGGGAGUUACUGCUAGUGUUGGUCUUGGAAUCAUCGGAAACUCUUACAUCGAGGCUCUUGAUAAGAUCCUGUACGGCAGUGCCAAUCUCUAUGUCUACAACACUAAGGUUGUUCCUGUCGAGAGCUCCGCGCUGCUCGCUUACAUGAAGGGUACUGUCGAAGCCACCACUUCAAUACUUUACAACUCCACCGUUGUGUUCGAUCAUGUCACAGUGGCUGCGAAGUCAGGAUCAUCGAUUAGCCAUGUCGCUUUGGCUUCUGCCAAUGGUCCCGGAGUCGUUGUCCUUGUCCGCAACUCCGCCCUUGGCAGUUUGAUUGCCGCUACUGGUGCUCACGUCGACACCGUCAGUCAAGAUGGACGGAAUCUUUUCGCUGAGUACGCUAACACAGGCUCGGGUGCAUAUGCCAAAAAUGCCGUUACUCGUGCUCAGUAUGUGUCAGUUCUCGAUGCAUCAGCCUUGUCUCAAUACAGUGUCAGUGCCGUGUUUGCCGCUGCUCUCCCCGGGUAUGCUUCCGCUGACACCACCUGGGUUGAUUCAUCCCUGCUGGCUGCCAUUAAAAACGCAGAUAUUGUCCAGACUUCUACUUCGACCACGCCUACUGCUGCCUCGACUGUUGCAUCAUCGACCAUCGCUGCCACUGCAACAUCCACUUUCAUUGUCAACCCAACAGCUGGUCCUUACAAGAAUGUCACCGCUGCUAUCGCUGCCCUGCCUAGCGAUGGCCAGGAGUACACGAUCUACGUCAUGAACGGUACAUACAAUGAGCAGAUCUCCAUUACUCGUACAGGAAAGACUAUCCUUCGUGGUGAGACAAAGUUUGAGAAUGAUUACACUCAAAACACUGUCACUAUCUCAUACUCAUUUGGCGUGUUGACCAGCGAAAGCAGGAAUGAGGAGACACCGGUUAUCAAUGCAAAAAACAGCGACGGCAAGGGCCUGGCCAUCUACAACAUCAAUUUCCAGAACACUUACCCUCAAACUGCGAAUACUGCUGCUCUUGCUGCCGACUUCUACGGCACCGUGCAGGCUUAUGGUUGCUCCUUUAUCGGCUACCAGGAUACACUUCUUGCGAACAAGGGUACUCAAGUGUUUUCCAACUGUUACGUUGAGGGUUCUGUCGAUUUCAUUUGGGGUUUCUCCACGGCCUACUUCUACCAGUCGGUUAUCGCAACCAACACUGCUGGCUCCUGCAUUGCUGCAAUGAGCCGUUCUUCCUCCACUGCCACUGGAGGCUACGUCUUUGACACCUGUCUCGUCACCUACACCUCUAGCUACGGUAACACUUACCAGAGGAGUUGGCUCGGCAGACCCUAUUCAUCUUACAGUCGUGUUGUCUACAUGAAUUCAUACCUCGAUAAGCAUAUAAACCCUGCGGGCUGGCAGGUGUGGUCCACUAGCAGUCCUCAAACAGAACAUGUGACGCUUGGAGAAUUCAACAACACCGGACCUGGAAGCUGGUCUAGCAGCCGUGCAUCAUUUGCUACCAACCUCACCAAGACCCAGGCAGAUGCAUACACCUUGUCCAACUGGGUCGGAGGAACCUCUUGGCUCGACAUGGAAGCUUAUGCUUACGUUCCGUCUUACACUCUGACAGGCACGCCAACUACCCCCCUGUCUCAACACCUUCCGCAUGUUUCUGGGGCUGUCAAUGGCUCCUAUGCCAACCUCACCGAUGCUCUUGCCUCUCUCCCGGACGAUACCACUACUCAGAUUAUCUUCAUGUAUGCCGGAACAUACGAGGAGCAAGUCCCUAGUAUCAACCGCAAUGGUCCUGUUAUGAUUAUUGGCUACACCACUGGAAACCCUGGCCAGAGCUAUGCGGACAAUGAAGUGACGAUUACUUUCGCGCGUGGACUUUCCGUCUCUCCUCUGCCCAGUGGCCACUCCAAUGCUGAGACAGCGACUGUUGCCACUGCGUCUACCCAGAUCGCCUUCUACAAUCUCAACCUUAUCAACUCGGAUAAUCUUGAUGGUCUAAAGCCUUCUUACGUCACUCUAGCUGCAUCCAUCUAUGGGAAUCAUAUCGCAUUCUAUGGUGUCUGGUUCCAGGGAUGGCAAGAUACUCUCCUGACCGGAAGUAAAACCGGGUAUCAAUAUUACGAAUCUUCGUACAUCGAGGGCGCAAUUGAUUUCAUUUGGGGAUACUCUAAGGCUUACUUCAAGGGUUGCACCAUUGGUGCCAAGAAAGCGAAGUCUGCGAUCACCGCGCAAAGCCGAGCCUCGUCUAGCGCGAUCGGUGGUUACAUCUUCGACCAAAGCUUGUUUACUGCUGCCGAUGAUGCUACCGUUGAUCUCACAAAGGCUGUGUACCUUGGUCGCCCCUACUCCGACUACGCCCUUGUCGUGGUCAAGAACUCGCACCUCACCGAUGCUAUCAAUCCAUCUGGAUGGAAGGUGUGGUCGAAUAGCGAUCCUCGUACUGGUGCAGUUACUUUCGCAGAAUUUAACAACACCGGUCCGGGUAACUGGGAGAACAACGAGGCUGCCCGCGAGGCAUUCGGAUAUGCCACCCUGCUGACAGAAGAUACCUAUUCCCUGGAAAAUGUAAUGGACUCUACUGACUGGAUCGACAUGACCUACUGGGACUCCAUUGAUACGCCUACCAUACCAACCCCAAUUCCGCCCCCAACGGUGAUUUACAAUGGAACCACUCCUCCCUCUGGUGCUUACAUUGUGUCUAAGACCAGUCUUGGAACAAACACAACUGUUUACGAUACCAUCCAGAGUGCUCUCAAUGCCAUCCCAACCUCCUCCAAGGUCACACCCACCAUCUUCAUCUACCCCGGUACAUACGAGGAGCAACUUGUUAUCAACAAGUCUGGCUCUGUAAUCUUCAUGGGUUAUUCUGAGUCUACUUACGACUAUUCCAGCAACCAGGUCACCAUCCAGUACAACUAUGGUGUUGACACCAAGGCAGAUCAGUCAAACUCUGACAGCGCUACUGUGUAUGCUACUGGUAACUACUUUGAGGCCAUUAAUAUUAAUUUCGUCAACAACAAUGGCACCCAAAAAGACAUUGCAAUCCUCGGAUUUGCUGUCAGGUCCAGUAAAUAUGCCAGUCUGUAUGGCUGCCAGGUUAAAGGAAACCAAGACGCUCUCUUGAUCAAUGGCUAUCUCUUCAUGAGCAACGGGUAUGUUGAGGGUAACAUUGACAUGGUUUGGGGAAGUGGCGCUGGUUACUUCCUGAACACAACAAUUUCGCCAAAUAGAGAUAGCAUCGAUCUCACAGCGGAUAAGAGAGCCACAAGCACCACCGCUGGAGGUUUCGUCUUCGAUCAAUGUAAGAUAAUUCCUUCGACCGGCGCCGGCUCCAUGUCGAAGAUCUCGCUCGGAAGACCCUGGAACCAGUAUGCCCGAGUUGCAUACAUUGACUCCUACCUUGAUUCCUGCGUGAAGCCUGAGGGAUGGAAUCAAUGGUCUAGUUCGAGCCCUCAGACCUCUGACGUGAUCUUUGGUGAAUAUGGAAAUUACGGUCCAGGAUCCAGCACAUUGUCGCGUGCGACCUUCGCUUCUCAGCUCACUGACGCUGAGGUCGCUCAAUUCCAACUUUCCACGUUCUUCUCCACCACAUCUUGGAUUGAUUUCACGCACGUUGAUGGGACUCCCUUCGUCCCGGGAACGAUUACCACUACUUCGAGUGCUAUCGUGCCAAGUGCUACUCCUUCAAGUACCACCUCGUCGACCGUUGUUUCUCUCCCUCUAGUGACUUCCACUACCACUGUUGACGUGACCUCCAUUUCAACCACAAGCACCUUCAUCACGGUCACGCCGACUAAUAAUAUUUCGACUGUCAAGUCUACCACGACCCUGACACUCACACCGGAAGGUGUGACAAAGACUACGACCUUCAAGUUCACCACCACUAGUACUAAUAUCCUGACUGAACCAACGAAGACAUCCACGAAGACCUCUAUCGUCACUGCGGAUAUCGGCAGCACUAUCACACCUGAUCCAACGACGGUUACCAAGACUAGCAAAGCCACGACCACCGAUACAGUGACCGUCACUGGCAAGGACACCACAAAAACCGUGAAGAGCACCGUCACCUCGACCUCAACCAUCACUGCUGCUGCUUCCACCGUCACCGAUAAGAAGACAGUAACUAGUACGAGUGUCAAGACUACAACUGGAAAGGCUACAAAGACUACCUCGACCGCAACAAUCACAGUUGGAUCUGAAGGAACUACGACCGUCAGCGCUAAAGCCACCACUGAGGUCGUUACUUCCACUUCUACGAAGACAACCACUAAGAAGGUUACGACAACUCUCAGCUGUAACGCUGCUCCCAAGAAGAUCAAGCGGGGUCUGGAACCCCUGGACAACAUUGCCACAGUUACUGACUAUGUCACGCAUAUCGACUACGUUACUAAGACUGUCACAACAACCCUCCCUGUCGCCACGGACUACAUCACCGAUGUCACAACCAAGAUAACCUCCCUCAAGGCCGCGACAGUCACAGAAACCAUCACUUCCAUCGCCACUAAACUGUCCACGAGCACCAUCAAGGCCGUCACCUCGAUCGUUACCGUCGUUGACACUACCUCUAUUGGCAAGAUCACAACCCUGAAGGCUUCCACUGUCACCAACACCGUCACCUCGUUGGCUGAGAAGCACGCCACAGUGACUCUGCCAGGUCAAACAGUGACCACCGCUAGCCUGAAGACGGCAAUUGUCAAGACCACCCUCCACCUUCCUGCCGCAACUACCACCACCACUGUAACAACAACGAUGAAGAGAACCACCACUCUCCCUGCCUCCACUAGUACUGUCAUCAAGACUUCGACUGUGACUAAUCAUCCCUCGGUUACAAUCACCCGUCGUGCUACGUCCACUUCCACCAAGGUCGUCAAAACUACUUCCACUAGCACCAUGACGGCCACGAAGACCGCUGACUGCGACUGA